CAAAAUAAUGUCUGUCGGGUGCAAUAAAAAAUGGCAUUCUGUCAUAUUGAGUGAGCCGCCGCUCUGCAUUUACAAAAUCAUACUGCCAGUUAUUUGAGUUUUUUUUGUGCAACUUUGUUCUCUACGAUCUUCUGCUCAUUAAAAAUAAUCCUGAAACGAAAUGGAUUCGCAACAAUCCGAUCAUCUGUCCAAGCGAUGGAUUCACAUCAGACGUAUUCUCGAACGUUCCGGUCCGUUUUGUAGUCCAGGUUUCUCGGCAUCACCGGAUAAUCUGGAAUUUAUUAUGAAAACUUGCAAAAUACUCGUUAUCGGUGCUGGCGGUCUGGGCUGUGAAUUGUUGAAGGAUCUGGCAUAUUUGGGAUUUCGUGACAUUCAUGUCAUUGACAUGGACACGAUUGAUUUGUCGAAUUUGAAUCGACAGUUUUUGUUCCGUCGCAAAGAUAUCGGUAGCUCGAAGGCUGAAUGUGCAGCUGAAUUUAUAAACAAAAGAGUUCCUGGUUGCAACGUGCAACCGCAUUUCAGUAAAAUUCAAGACUUCGACGAAACGUUCUAUCGCCAGUUUCACAUUAUUGUUUGUGGACUGGAUUCAGUUGUGGCUCGCCGCUGGAUAAAUGGAAUGGUUCUGUCUUUACUCAAUUUCGAAGACGACGGCUCUGUGGACCAAGCAUCCGUCGUUCCGAUUAUCGAUGGUGGAACCGAGGGAUUCAAAGGAAAUGCUCGCGUCAUUCUUCCCGGUAUCACCGCAUGCAUUGAAUGCAAUUUAGAUUUGUAUCCACCGCAAGUGACAUAUCCACUUUGCACCAUUGCCACUACACCUAGAUUACCGGAACAUUGCAUCGAAUACGUAAAAGUGAUUCAAUGGGAAAAGGAGAACCCUUUUGGUGUCAGCUUAGAUGGAGAUGAUCCACAACAUUUGUCGUGGGUUUAUGAAAAGGCCCAGGAUCGGGCCAAUCAGUUCCAUAUUAUUGGUCUCACCUAUCGUCUUGUUCAAGGAGUUCUGAAGAAUAUCAUUCCAGCUGUCGCUAGUACUAAUGCAGUUAUCGCAUCCGUCUGUGCCACAGAGGUCUUUAAAAUCGCAACAGCAUGCUACGAAUCUCUGAACAAUUACAUGGUUUUCAACGAUGUCGAAGGCAUUUACACGUACAAUUUCGAAGCGGAACGGAAACAGGAUUGUCUGGCAUGCUCGAAUGUACCGAGACCAGUCACCAUUGACGAUCCGACUGCAAUGACCUUGGAAAAUUUGAUCUCAUUUCUGUGCGAAAGUGCCGAGUUCCAGAUGAAGAAUCCCGGCUUGACAGCGAACAUCAACGGGAAAAACAAGACCCUGUACAUGUCCACUGUGAAGAGUAUCGAAGAACGAACCAGAUCAAAUCUAACACUGUCGCUCGUCGAAUUGGGCUUGGUCGACGGCCAGGAGCUGAUGGUGGCCGACCAGACCACACCGAACACAAUUAUCAUAAAACUUAAGUUUGCCGUCCAGGAAGUGGAAAUGAAUUGAAUGAUUUCCGUCUCCGAGUCAAAAUGAAAAUCCGGUUUUGGUUUUAUUGCAGUGCAACGAUGAAUUUAAAUACAAAAAAAACGAAAAUAAAAUUUCUUACAAAGAAGCAGCUGUGACUAUUAACAUCAUAAUUGAAGGCAAUAAAUGUGUGCUAGUCGCAU